GGAGCAUGGCAGCCUCUGGGUCGGAAAAAAGCAACAAGAAGAAAACAGAGAAGAAACUUGCAGCCCGGGAAGAAGCUAAACUGCUGGCGAGCUUUAUGGGAGUCAUGAAUACCAUGCGAAAACAGAAAACUCUCUGUGAUGUCAUUCUCAUGGUACAAGAAAGAAAGAUCCCAGCUCAUCGUGUUGUGCUUGCUUCAGCCAGUCACUUUUUUAACUUGAUGUUUACUACAAAUAUGCUUGAAUCAAAGUCCUUUGAAGUGGAGCUAAAAGAUGCAGAGCCUGACAUUAUUGAACAGCUUGUGGAGUUUGCUUAUACUGCGAGAAUUUCCGUUAAUAGCAAUAACGUCCAGUCUUUACUAGAUGCAGCAAACCAAUAUCAAAUAGAACCUGUGAAAAAAAUGUGUGUGGAUUUUUUGAAAGAGCAAGUGGAUGCUUCAAACUGUCUUGGUAUAAGUGUAUUAGCAGAAUGCCUAGACUGUCCAGAACUGAAGGCCACAGCAGAUGACUUUAUCCAUCAACAUUUCACUGAAGUUUACAAGACAGAUGAGUUUCUACAGCUUGAUGUUAAACGUGUGACACAUCUCCUGAACCAGGACACACUAACUGUAAGGGCAGAAGAUCAGGUUUAUGAUGCAGCAGUCAGGUGGCUGAAGUAUGAUGAACCUAACCGCCAGCCAUACAUGGUCGACAUCCUUGCUAAAGUCAGAUUUCCUCUUAUAUCGAAGAACUUCUUAAGUAAAACCGUACAAGCUGAGCCACUUAUUCAGGAUAACCCUGAAUGCCUUAAAAUGGUGAUCAGUGGAAUGCGAUAUCAUCUGCUGUCUCCGGAGGACAGAGAAGAGCUAGUGGAGGGCACGAGGCCACGAAGGAAAAAACACGAUUACCGCAUUGCCUUAUUUGGAGGAUCACAGCCACAGUCUUGCAGAUACUUUAAUCCAAAGGAUUACAGCUGGACAGACAUCCGAUGUCCCUUUGAAAAGCGCAGAGAUGCCGCUUGUGUCUUCUGGGAUAAUGUAGUUUAUAUUUUGGGUGGCUCCCAACUCUUCCCUAUAAAGCGAAUGGACUGCUACAAUGUGGUGAAGGACAGCUGGUAUUCCAAACUGGGACCUCCAACGCCGCGAGAUAGCCUUGCAGCCUGUGCUGCGGAGGGCAAAAUUUAUACAUCUGGUGGUUCAGAAGUGGGAAAUUCUGCUCUGUAUUUAUUUGAAUGCUAUGAUACAAGAACAGAAAGCUGGCACACAAAGCCCAGCAUGCUGACUCAGCGUUGCAGUCAUGGGAUGGUGGAGGCAAAUGGCCUGAUUUACGUAUGUGGAGGAAGCUUGGGAAACAAUGUUUCUGGAAGGGUCCUGAAUUCCUGUGAAGUUUAUGAUCCAGCAACAGAAACGUGGACUGAGCUGUGUCCAAUGAUAGAAGCCAGGAAGAAUCAUGGGCUGGUGUUUGUAAAAGACAAAAUAUUUGCUGUGGGUGGACAAAAUGGCUUAGGUGGCCUAGACAACGUGGAAUAUUAUGAUAUUAAGAUGAAUGAAUGGAAGAUGGUGUCACCAAUGCCGUGGAAGGGUGUAACAGUGAAGUGUGCUGCUGUGGGCUCUAUAGUCUAUGUCCUGGCUGGCUUUCAGGGUGUGGGCCGAUUAGGGCACAUCCUUGAAUAUAAUACUGAAACAGACAAGUGGGUAGCCAACUCCAAAGUCCGUGCUUUCCCAGUGACGAGUUGUUUAAUCUGUGUUGUUGAUACUUGUGGAGCAAAUGAAGAGACGUUAGAGACAUGAAGGCCUCAAGGAGAGGUCAGGACAUUUUUCAGAGACUUGGAAAAGAUGGCCAUUGGUGCUUUGCUUCUUUUAUUGAUUCUUGUUAAACUGAAUAAUCUGAAAAACUGAGAUGCAGUCCUCACAUUUGUAUAU